UACCACAUGACAUUAAUGACAGUGCAGUUGUGAAUGAAGGGUUCAAUGGUGGAAAUUGUUUAAAUGUUAAUAUAUUUUUAUUGGUUAAACAUAACAUCAUUAAAUUUUUGUGACAACGUCACUAACCGCUAAAUUUUCCCUUUUCUUACUUUACCGUUUUCAACUUAUUUCAAAAAGAUGAAUCCUGGAGAUUACGAAACGCUUCCCACCGAUAAUGUAUCAUCCCAUAUGAUAGCUGGAGCGAUAGCUGGUAUUAUGGAGCACUGUGUUAUGUACCCCCUCGAUUCAGUCAAGACACGAAUGCAGUCCCUAGCAACUUCAGGAACUGAAGGUAUUGGUGAAACACUGUUAAGGAUGAUUCGACAUGAAGGUAUUUUGAGGCCCAUUCGAGGUAUGUCAGCGAUGGUAGUUGGAGCUGGACCUUCACACGCUUUGUAUUUUAGUAGUUAUGAAUUUACGAAGAAUAUCUUUGCACAGUAUUUCAAUGCUUCAAGAUAUGACAUGUUAAUUUGUGGUAGUUCAAUAUCAGGUUGUAUAGCGACAUUGAUCCAUGAUGGUUUUAUGAAUCCUGCAGAAGUUGUGAAACAAAGGAUGCAAAUGAUAAAUUCUCCUUACACAUCAGCUUUAAGGUGUGCUAUAAAUAUAUACAAAUUAGAAGGACCCAGAGCAUUUUACAGGUCGUAUACAACACAACUCACUAUGAACGUACCUUUCCAGAGUAUCCAAUUUUCGGUAUACGAAUUAUCACAAAGAAUAAUCAAUAAAGAGCAGGUACAUAAUCCGACGGCGCAUAUGAUAAGCGGAGCGCUGGCAGGAGGAGUCGCCGCAGCCAUCACUACACCCUUAGAUGUCUGUAAAACACUUUUGAAUACUCAGCAGACUCAAGCUACAAGUGGAAUGGUGGAGGCUAUGCGAACGGUCUAUCGGUAUAGAGGAAUUUCUGGAUUUUUCAGAGGUAUCCAAGCAAGAGUGAUGUUCCAAAUGCCAGCGACAGCGAUAUGUUGGUCGACAUACGAAUUUUUCAAAUACACUUUAAAAAGUUCUUCCGAUAUCAGGUUAAUACCAGGUAGUAGUGGUAAGGUCUCAGCAUCUUCAAUUGAUAAGGAAAUAAAACUUGGCAGCGAUAGUAUUCGAAUAGAUUCAAAUAAUGAAAAAUAUAAUUUAAAAGUUAAAGAGUUACCCGCUGUAUCCGGUGCUGGUUUGUAUGGCUCAAUAUCUUUUAAUACUAUGCACAAAGCUGAAUACAACCAGAAAGAUUCCUAUUUAGAUGUAGCUCACACAUAGUACACCAACUCUGUCUCAGACUUUUUUUUAUCAAUAUAAAAUGUAUUAUUUUACCAGUCAGAGAGAAUCAAUCAUUUGUUGUCUAUUUUCAAUGACGUUUAAAAAAUAAACCAAAUCUUUUUAGGCAUUCAUUUUUAUAAUUAUGAGACAAAACAUCAACUAGAGUUCUCCAUAGAAAGCGAAUAUAUUUUUAAGACUUAUUCCGUACAAAUGUAGAUGUAUUACAAAAAAAAUCUUAUUAGUAUACCACUGUUUGUUGACUAUAGGUGUCUUUAAAAUGAAAGGCUACUUUUUGCACUUAUAAACUCAG